UAAAGGUGCCACGUCUGCUAGGAAGGAAUAGUCAUGGACUCGCCAAGGGCCGUUAUCCUUCAACUUCCAACUCCAUUCAUAACUCUAUGAGGUCGGGGGGCACGAGUUUUUGUAGAAACUGCAUUUCUGCGUCAACAACAUGAGGCUUUUCUUGCGGAGUGCGGUCCUGGCGCUACUGGUCCCCGCGCUGAGUGGGGCUCUGAUCCCUGAGCCCGAAGUGAAGAUCGAAGUUCUGCAGAAGCCCUUCAUCUGCCAUCGCAGGACCAAGGGAGGAGAUUUGAUGCUGGUUCACUACGAAGGCUACUUAGAAAAGGACGGCUCUCUAUUCCACUCCACUCACAAACACAAUAAUGGGCAGCCCAUUUGGUUUACCUUGGGCAUCCUGGAGGCCCUUAAAGGAUGGGACCAGGGCUUGAAGGGCAUGUGUGUAGGAGAGAAGAGAAAACUCAUCAUUCCUCCUGCCCUAGGCUAUGGAAAAGAAGGAAAAGGUAAAAUUCCCCCAGAGAGUACACUGAUAUUCAACAUUGAUCUCCUGGAGAUUCGAAAUGGACCAAGAUCCCAUGAAUCAUUCCAAGAAAUGGAUCUGAAUGAUGACUGGAAACUCUCUAAACAAGAGGUUAAAGUGUAUUUAAAGAAGGAGUUUGAGAAGCAUGGAGCAGUGGUAAAUGACAGUCAUCAUGAUGCUUUGGUGGAAGAUAUUUUUGAUAAAGAAGAUGAAGACAAAGACGGAUAUAUAUCUGCAAGAGAGUUUACAUAUGAACACGAUGAGUUAUAGAGAUGUGUCUGCCUUUUUUAUAUAUUACUUAUCCUUAAAGAUCAUCUUUAAGGACUAUCUUUUUAAAAAAAAUAGUAUUCCAUUUUUUGUUUUAGUCAUUUUUAUAUUUUUUCUGAAUAUUAUCUGAAGAAUUCCUUAGAUUUCUUAAGUACCAUUUCUUUCUAGUGAACAAAAAAUUAACUUCUCAUUGCUGCUACUGAGAAGAAAAAAUGAACUUGUCUUUGAACUCAAGACCUCUAGACCAUUUUCUACUUGCAGUUAUGAACUCUUCUGUUUCACCUGCUUAUUUGUAAUUUUUAAAUAGUGUAGCAAGGAACAUGCCACAAAAUGAACCUGGGUAACAGCAAAUUAGUGCUCUUAACUUCAGCUUCCCUCUAGUUUCCCCCAGUUUCCCCCAGUGAGAUACAAAUAUUUGAAAAGUCUUUUGCAGGAGCAUGGUGAGUCCUUACUGUUUUCACAUUGCAGGUUGCUCUGCUACUCAGAAUUUCAGUGUUCCUAUAUAAUAUUUUGUAUUUAAUCCCUGGUACCACAUAUGGUCCCCUGAUCACCCCCAGGAAUGACCUCUGAACACUUUCAGGUGUGGCCCAAAUUCACAUUUCCCUCUCCCCCAACAAAAUCUUGUACUUGGAAAUGGUGUUAAGAGAAGAGGCAAUUGUCUUCAUUUAUAUGGGGAAAAGUAUAGUGUUAGCAGACCCAAAAGAUAAUCUACCAUGGCAUACCAUACAGUACACAAACCUAAGCUAGCACAUAGGGUUAAAAGCAAGACUGACUGGUGAAUCCAGCUUCUCUGGAGCAGUUCUGGGGACAGAGCCUGGUGGCACCAUGCUUACCGCUCUGGAUGCUGACUGCCUUUGGAAUGGCUGCUGCAAGGUCAAACUCUGAGUGCUGGCUGGAUGUUCUGACUUUCUGACAUCAGAAAAGCAAUGAUGUUCUUUGAACUUUAUUCAGUCAUUGAAAACAGGUACAAAAUUAGGUCUCUCAUGAAAGCUAAGUGGCCUUACUUGAAGUUUCAAACAGCAGGGGAUACCUGAAUCAAGACCCAGUGGGUUUAUAACUGCCUUUUAGUUCCUGCUGAAGGGGAAGAGGAGAAUGGAUGUUGAAUUGUACUCGAUAGCAUUUACUGCCUCGCUGAGGAGAGAUGCAAUGCUGGAGUAGCAACUUUAAUAACUUAAGAAUCCAUGUACAAUGAGGCAUUUAUUUCACCCAGGACUUUGUGCUAUGUAAGGUUGGUUCCCAGUGACUAAUGAUGUGUCAUAUGUAGGAUAAAUUAUUUAUGUAUUUCUUUAUAAUAAAAUAUAUCAAAAUACUGUCACAGAAUUCCAGUUAUAUCUAUUCAGUGUUUAUUUUUU